ACUAGUGAAAUGAGAUUUAACACAAAUAGUGGCUAGAAUUGAAAAGGUUCCAACAUAAAUGGAUAUGAGUUGUUUUUGUAUCUUAUUCAGUCCCAGGAAAUGAACUGGACCCACCACCUCCAUCUGAUUCCAGGAACAUCUCGACCCUGGCCCAACCUGACCCUGCCAACUUCUCACCACAGCAAUAUUCAGAGAAAGAGAGCUGUCUUGGUAUCUCUCAGAGAUGCACAGUCCUCUUACUCUCUGUGUGUGUUCUCCUGUUGGCCGUUGCUGUUACUAUGGUAGCGCUCUAUGUUGUGAAAGUGGAGAAAUAUUCAGAAACUGAAAGGAUGUUAAUUGAGCAGAAAAACAGAAAUGAUGAUCUCACCAACGAAAUCACAAAGCUGAAGAAUGAGCUACAAGGAGUGAGGAAGUGUGCUGAUGACUGGGAGUACUUCAAUGGAGCAUUUUACCACUUCUCCACUGAUGAGAAGAACUGGACUGAGAGUAGAGAUGCCUGUGUGACUAUGGGAGGACACCUGGUCAUCAUAAACAGUCAACAAGAAAUGGAUUUCCUGAAGGACAAGGGAGAACACUGGAUUGGUUUAACUGAUGCUCAGGAAGAGGGCAAAUGGCGCUGGGUGGACAACACACCCCUCACUGACCCAAAGUUGGUACAACCCAAACAUAUUUACCUUUGUUUCUGCUCAAUACAAUUCACAUUUAACACAAUUUCAUUGGUUAGAUAUCUAGAGGGCGCUGGUGCCGCAGACGCCGAUACGCUGGAGCUACGAGAGGUGGACUCCAUGACUGAGCUGCGCCCCGGUGCAGCAGAGGAGGCCAAGCCAGAGGUGAAGUCGGAGACCAUGAAGUUAGUCCUGCAGAUCAGGGAGACAGCAGCCCAGCUGCAGGACGGCCUGGACGAGCUGAGCGACGUCAUCACCUUCGUCCCAAAGGUUGAGGUCUACAGCCUCUAA